AUGUCCCUGGCAGCUAAAGAACCAGACGCCCACUCAGUAGUGGCAGAACGUCAGGCCCUGCUGUGUCUGUGUUCCUGUCCAAUCUACUCCUAUUGCUUUGUGGAUCUUUCAGAAAUAUGGUGCACAUGCAGGUCACCACGUCGCAGCCCGAACGGGCUCAUUCAGAACUUGGACCAUCCAUUCAAACUACGUGACCAGCACUGCGAACACACACACCACACUACGUGCAUGAACUGCUCAGAGAAAUGCUACGCUUUAUUGAACAACUGAGAACUGAGGAAAGCCUCGUAGCCACACUGAGCUUGUGACACACACACGCACGGCGACACACACACAACAUUAUCAGACUGUGGUUGCAUCUUUCACUUCGCUGAGUCACAUAGGCCUCUCUCUCUUCUCUCUCUCUCUCUCUCUCACACACACACACACACACAGGCCUAUCUAAGUCCUGUGGCUUUAGCACACUUCCUCUCUCCCCGGGUCCUACACUCACUACAGUAGUUGCUAACCAGUUACACAGUUAUUUCAAGGCAUUAUUUUAGGAUUUGCAUCAUCACUGUUACAGUAAACUGUUUCAUACACCAGUACAAAUACAUUUUUUUUCACUAACUCUGCCACAAGUUACUUUCAUAUCUGUCUUUUCAUCGCAUCCUUUACAUGAUGAUGCUCUGUGCGUCCCCAGAGUCUGUAGAUGCUACCACACCGUCCCUUACAUCAGUGGGAUUCAAAGUCGGGGCCGCGGAGGAACUGCAGUGAGGUCGCCAAAAUACAAAUAAAUACAAGCGUUUUUAUUGUGUUUAUUUUUUUUUUACAAAAAUGUAUGAGUACAUAUUAUUGAAUGGAACAAUAUGCAAACAUUUUUGAGAAAGAUAAUUUGAAAUAUACAAUUUUAUUGAGUAAAUGUAUUGAUUGGUUUCUUUUCAUUUUGAUAAGAGAUGAAAAUGCAAUGAAUUAAAGGUUAUUUGUUGAUGUAUAAAUCUAAAUGUAACGAUUUUAAGGUUGUGUCAUUAGAUUUGGGGUGGAGUGGGGUCGCAUGAAAUUAUUGUGAAAAGAAUGGGGUCCCCAGAAGUUCUGGCAGGAAAAAAUUGGGUCCCUGACUAAAAGGUUUGAAUACCACAGCGUUACAUGAUGAUUCUCUGUGCGUCCUUAGAGUCUGUGGAUGCUACCACACCAUCCCUUACAUCAGCCAAACUCAACUGGCGGCCCGCGGUCCCGGUCCAGACCCAGAGAAGGGUCAAUCCGGACCGGACAACAUAGCAUUUUGUUAUAUAAAAGUCAAUACAUUAUUUCCAGACAGCUUUUAAAAAAUCUAUCCAGCUCAGCGGCCUCUUUAACUCAACAACCUCUCUUUCUCGCUCUCUCUCGAAGCAACGCCCACCUCUACUAGUGCCCCGUCUAAUCCAAUCGCGUGUUAUAUGCAAAUACAAGAGGCAGCGUGUUACCCAAUCACAUUAAUCCAAAUAUCCUCUGUAGAACCUUGGGACAAGCAGGCAGAAAGAAACAGAAAGAUUUGACUGCAGUUCAACUGUAAAUAUCACAGAUAGAAGGAACUUAGUUACCAGUAUUCAAUCUAAGUUGACUCUGAAAACCAUAUAUUCAAAGACAAGUGGACGGAACAGUAUUUAUUCAUUCUCCCCACAACUACAACUAUAACAAGAUGUUUCCUAAGUCGUAGACGACUAUGUUCGUUACUACCCUGUACCACAGUGCCAGUAAAGGACGAUAUCCAUCCGGACCUUUGCCACCUAGGAAAUGUGUCCCUGGACCUUCUCAAAUAGUAGUCAAGUACCCCUGCCUUACAUUAUGAUGCUUUGUGUGUCCCCAGAGUCUGUAGAUAGUACCCAGUAUCACUGGAGGAUCUUCCUGAGUUCAAGGAGACUGGACAAGAGGGUAACACCAACCAGCCAACCAUGUCUUCCAUUGACCCCUACCAGUACAUUAUUGUAAGUCCACACAUGUCCACUUCAUUCAAAGUCUUUGGCAUUUACAGUUCCAGUAAUGAGGGGGAACCCACUGCUUUAGAUAAUAAGACUAUCUUGGAACACAUACUGUUUCUGACUAAGAUAAUUUGUUCUGCCUUGGCUUGUGUGUAAGCUCAGACCCUGAUGAGGACAGCAGUAUAACUUCAGUUGAAAACCUCUAUCUGUUUUCUGUCUCACUCUAUCAGCACAUUAGUGGGCAGCACUGCAUGUUUCUCGUCAUUGCAACUCUAGGCCUACUAUAUAUCAUGGUAGGAUAAAGAAGGCACCCUGCUGGUGCUGAAGUCUGGUCUAGUGGUAGUGCUGCCGACUCCGGACCACACAUUGUCCCUUGUGUGGCAUGGGUUCAAACCCUGCCUGCACCUUCAUAUCUGUAUUACUCUAUCUAGCUGUCUGCUCUUCUCAUUUGUGACUUUCUAUUUCAAUAAAGAAAACACAAAUAAAAACUAUUUUUAAAUGAAGAAGGCGCCCUACUGGCUUGACUUGGAGAUAUGCUACUGUACUAUAGCCCCACCAUGGCAGUCUAGUUCCCAGUGAGAGUCUGUGCCUGCUGCUGAGUCUCACUCAUCACUGUUACACUGUAGUGAAGACUAGCAGAUCUACAGAUUCACUGAAAGAGGAAUGGUGAUGAGACAAAAUGACAUCAUCAUACCCUAUGUUUACAAAUGACUGCCUGACAGAUGAACCUAAAACAAAACAAUAACAAGGCCACAGAAAAAGACCAGCAGCUGCCCCAUAGUUGGGGUAAGGGUGCUCUGAUAAUCUUUAAUAGAAAGAGAAGGGAUCGGACUCACACCUCACCUUGACACCUCUUGUAUCAUAUGAUUGUAUCUAUGCCCAGGUUUAGACAAAAAGUACAGUUAAAAUUGUACACACUGUCCCUAAGUAGUUCUAGGCAGUUGUUGGAGUUCAAGUGUGCUAGAUCUGUGCAUGUGUGAUGAGUUUGUCCUGGCUCACAGGCUAUGUUGAUGUUUGUGUGCAGGUGGAGCAGCAGUUCUCUCACAAGUUCAGCGUGACGGUGGUGCGAGCUAAGAAUGUCACUAAGGGAGCACUGGGUGACAUGUGUAAGUGUGACAACAUCCUGUUAUUCCACAUGCGUCUAGUUCACAUGUUAACAAUCACAAAUUCUCCAACAUAAAAACAUAUCACAGGGAGUUGUCAGUUCUGUAUUUAAAAACGAAUCAUUUACGUUGCGUCGUGAAAUGUGAAUUAUUCCAAAUACUCAAGACCUGCCAGACUAUUCAAACACUUCAUAUUAACUUGCUCUUAUAUCUGUGUAAUAAAAAAUAUAGUCAUUGUGUUUAUCUAUGUUAUGUGUUUAUCAAACAUAUAUCUACAGUAGGUUUGUAUCACUCUCUGUACAUUUCUAUGUUAGCUUGUAUGUACACUACCAGUCAAAAGUUUGGACACACCUACUCAUUCAAGGGUUUUUCUUUAUUUUUACUAUUUUUUACAUUGUAGAAUAAUAGUGAAGACAUCAAAACUAUAAAAUAACACAUAUGGAAUCAUGUAGUAACCAAACAAGUGUUAAACAAAUCAAUCUUCAAAUAGCCACCCUUUGCCUUGAUGACAGCUUUGCAUACUCUUGGCAUUCUCUCAACCAGCUUCAUGAGGUAGUCACCUGGAAUGCAUUUCAAUUAACAGGUGUGCCUUGUUAAAAGUUAAUUUGUGGAAUUUCUUUCCUUAAUGCUUUUGAGCCAAUCAGUUGUGUUGUGACAAGGUAGGGGGGUAUACAGAAGAUAGCCCUAUUUGGUAAAAGACCAAGUCCAUAUUAUGGCAAGAACAGCUCAAAUAAGCAAAGAGAAACGACAGUCCAUCAUUACUUUAAGACAUGAAGGUCAGUCAAUACGGAACAAUUCAAGCAAAAACCAUCACGCGCUAUGAAACUGGCUCUCAUGUGGACCACCACAGGAAUGGAAGACCCAGAGUUACCUCUGCUGCAGAGGAUAAGUUCAUUCGAGUUACCGCUCUCAGAAAUUGCAGCCCAAAUAAAUGCUUCACAGAGUUCAAGUAACAGACACAUCUCAACAUCAACUGUUCAGAGGGGACUGUGUGAAUCAGGCCUUCAUGGUCGAAUUGUUGCAAAGAAACCACUACUAAAGGACACCAAUAAGAGGAAAAGACCUGCAUGGGCCAAGAAACACGAGCAAUGGACAUUAGACCGGUGGAAAUGUGUCCUUUGGUCUGGAGUCCAAAUUUGAGAUUUUUGGUUCAAACCACCGUGUCUUUGGGAGACACGGUGUGGGUGAAUGGAUGAUCUCCGCAUGUGUAGUUCCCACCAUAAAGCAUGGAGGAGGAGGUGUUAUGGUGUGGGGGUGCUUUGCUGGUGAUACUGUCUGUGAUUUAUUUAAUUCAAGACACAUUACCAGCAUGGCUACCACAGCAUUCUGUAGCGAUACGCCAUCCCAUCUGGUUUGGGUUUAGUGGGACUGUCAUUUUUUUUUCAACAGGACAAUGACCCAACACACCUCCAGGCUGUGUAAGGGCUAUUUUACCAAGAAGGAGAGUGAUGGAGUGGUGCAUCAGAUGACCUGGCCUCCACAAUCCCCUGACCUCAACCAAAUUGAGAUGGUUUGGGAUGAGUUGGACGGCAGAGUGUAGGAAAACCAGCCAACAAGUGCUCAGCAUAUGUGGGAACUCCUUCAAGAAUGUUGGAAAAGUAUUCCAGGUGAAGCUGGUUGAGAGAAUGCCAAGAGUGUGCAAAGCUUUCAUCAAGGCAAACGGUGGCUAUUUGAAGAAUCUCAAAUAUAAAAUAUAUUUUGAUUUUUUUAACACUUUUUAGUUUACUACAUGAUUCCAUAUGUGUUAUUUCAUAGUUUUGAUGUCUUCAAUAUUAUUUUACAAUGUAAAAAUAAAGAAAAACCCUUGAAUGAGUAGGUGUGUCCAAACUUUUGACUGGUACUGUAAAUGUAUGUACUGUAUGCAACGCAUGAAUUUGCGUGUUUGUGUCUGCAGUGGACACUCCUGACCCCUAUGUGGAGCUGUUCAUUCCCACUGCCCCUGAGAGCAGGAAACGAACGAGGCAUAUAGACAAUGACAUCCACCCAGAAUGGAAUGAGACAUUUGACUUCAUACUGGACCCAAACCAGGAGAAUGUUCUAGAGGUGAGAGAUGGAACAGUGUCAGUUCAGCACAGUUUAAUUUAAGUCAAAUCAACUGAACUCCCAGUCAGGUCAAGAUGUGGAAGCUGAAGCCUUAAGCUUGUUGGUUGGUGCUGUACUCAAUCAGAUAACUUUAAUGGACGCCAAUUACGUGAUGGACGAGACGCUUGGGACUGCGUCGUACAACAUCUCCAAGAUGUUGAAAACUGGCCAGACAGAGACCGUGCCUUUCCUUAUCGGCAAAGUAAGACUUCUAUACUUUCACUGUCUGUCUGUAGAGUAUCCUGAAGGAAAGAGUGUGCCUGAAAGACAUUAGCUCUCACACAAAUGUAAUUGUCGGUUGAGUGAUUUUGACUCAUCUAUGGCUGUGAGGUUUUCCUCUCUUCUCCUCCUACCUCUUACUGAAUAUCCCUUUCCUUUCUCUUCUCUCACCCUCUAUCUAUCCCUCUUCGUCCACUCUUCCUCAUCCUUAAUGUAGCUUACCCACCUGCAUCUCUCUCCCCUUCUCUCCUCUCAUUACCCUCAUCCUCCUAUCUCUCAUCCCCUCUCCUUGUGGAUGUUGAACUGUAUCCCAGGGAGUUUUGCUGUUGACAGAUUCAUUUUUUGUUUGUUUUUUAUCCCAGGCUGUUGACAGAUUAAUCAAUGUUUUCUCUUCUACAAUAACCACAGCGAUUUGUGUUGUUUUGACAGGCAACCAAUGUGUACUUAGAGAUGGCCCUGGAGGUCUGGUAUGUAUACUCCCAUUAAUACUCCUCUCGUUGUCUGUCUGUCUAUUUAUUUGGAUCCCCAUUAGCUUUUGCAGAAGCAGCAGCAACUCUUACUGUGGUCACCUUAAACAAAGCACAGGAAUUCACCUCAAGCUAUGUAACCCACACCAGUGUGUUUUAGUACAAAGCUCUUAACAUGUAUUUUCUACGUUUUUGAUGAUGGGGGUUACAGGUACCCCCUUCCUGUACCUGUGGGAUGCCACUCAAAAUGAGAAAUCUGAGAAAUGCAUACAGACAAAGAACAUCAUCAGCAGUUUUGUAAUAUUCUGUAUGAAAGGAAAAUAAACAAAAAAGGCUCCUCCACCCCAACCCCCUCAGUCCCCAUCCACCCGCCCGCGUCCUCCCUCCCCACCCGGAAACCAUGUUUCCCAUCCAACCUAUCCCCCCUCUUCCCACAUCUUCAUCUUUCCAUAUUCUGGUCCAGUUAAAGGAUGAUUCAGUUACAUUUAGAUCUGUAGGCCAUACUUUUUUGAUGGCUAGCUCAGAGUAUGAGCUUUCUAAUAGUUGUUUAUAUAUUACAGAGAUUAGUCCUUUCGUGAGACCAGAUAAUCUGUUUACAAAUUUAAUCAUUGGAUGAUUUGACAGCUGGGUUUCCCAUGGAACUCCAUAGACCAGCAUAGCUGACCUAAGUUGGAGAUAAGGAAAAAAAUUGUUACCUGGUAAUAUAAAUAAAUGCUUCUUUCAGAUCUUGGAAUGUCCUCAAACUAUUAAUGAUAUCGCCAAGGGUACGGAUACCACAUUUGGACCAUUGAGGCAAUGUGAAAGGCCAUCCUCCAGAUCACAAGGAAUUAUUGUUAAAUAUUGGAGGCUGGGCAUGCCUUUUCAUUUCCCAGUUGAAUUGUUUUUCAAUUUUGCGCCAAAUAGAUUGUUCUAGCAAAAAUGGGGCCAAAGCGUAGUUUGUUUAAGAGAUAGAUCAAUGAACACCACUUCUUCCAGGGCAAUGGGAGCCACCAUAUUUCUCUCUAUUCUUCUUUUAACAACUGUAACUGUUUUCAGUAAACAAAUGGCUUAGAUUUACUGUACUGUUGCAACAAAAAAACUAGAAUGUGUUGUUUUACAGGGUCAGCCAUAGUAGUAUGGCACCCCUGGAGCAAUUCAGGGUUAAGUGCCUUGCUCAAGGGCCCAUAGACAGAUUUUUCACCAUGUCGGCUCGGGUAUUCAAACCAGCGACCUUUCGGUUACCGGCCCAAUGCUCUAACCAGACUGUUGUUUUAGAUAAAGGGGAGGACAUGUUUGGCAUGUUUGUAGUCUCAGUAAUGGGGAGGUGGGAGGUCAGAGGUCUUGGUUGUGUUUGUCUCAGGAGAUCUGUAUCAGACCAGACCAACUUGGAACCAGAUCUUAUCAGAUCUGGAGCCUAAGUUAACUUCAUUCAUGGCUGGCUAACCUACAGAACAUAACAUCAAUCAUCAUGGCUGACUAACAGGUCUACUAGAGAGAAUACAGAGAUGUUUGUCUGUUUCCAUAUGGGAAAACAUGUGAUGUUUUAAAGCAGUUGUUGAAAUGUAAUAACGUAAGUGUGAAUAUGUUUUGUCUGCUUUUGUUUAUGCUUUUUACUGUAGGUCUCCUGAACUAAUCUUACUUCAUUUCACUCAACAACACACCUCUUAAACUCACUGACCCCACAAACAGGCUUUUGCUAGUGGGACACAUUCAACUGAGCACUCUAACAAUCUACAUUGAUAAUCAAUUAUUACAUUUGUCAAAUAUGACUCUUCUAAAAUAUUUAUUGGUAACACUUUAUUUGGAUAGUCCAUCUGUAGAUGCUCUACAUGCCAUCUACACACUAUCAGUAACAUUUCAACUAUCAACCAACCCUAACCCUAGCUCUAACCCUAGACCUUAAUCUUAUCCUAACCGUAACCAUAGCAAGCAGUUGCUUAUCAACAGAUAGUUUGUUAAUAGUAUGACCAUCUGUAGAGCAUCUACAGAUGGAAAAUCUGGACUAUCCAAAUAAAGUGGGACCUAUUUAUUUUAUAAACAUUAUGUCUUGCUUAUGAUGGCCAUAUGCAGGGUUAAAACCUUAUCUUGUAUCUGUGUCCCCAUGCAGUACGAACAUGGACCUGCGGUUCAGUCUGACCCUGUGUGACAAGGAGAAACUAUUCAGACAGGCCCGCAGAGAGAGGGUGAUGCUGGGCAUCAAGAAGCUGCUGGACAUGGAGAAGCCCAGCUUCCUCCCCAGCACCCCUCAGGAGGUGGGCAUACCUGAGUACUGUGGGCCCAGGCUUGCAGAGCGGCCCACUGCCAACCACAGUGUUCUUUUUUAAAAUCAGUUUCUGACUUCUAGUCAAAUACAGUGUUUUACAUGUGAUACCUCAUGUAUUAGAAUGCAUUGCAGGGUCAAUGGGUCAUAGAAUGGUAACCAUUCCAAAACGACAGGGCAUUAUAAUAGACAUGAGCUAAAUAAAGCAUUUAUUGCCAUAGAAAGGGGGCUUACUCUGCAGUGUUACUGAGCAUAGUGGUUCAUAGACGAGACGAUAUUAGCCAACAACACCGCUUUUUAUAUGCAAGAACAUGUACACCAUAUCCACAGGUUUCUUAGUAUUCAAACGUGAUCAUUUUAUAGGCCCUAUCUUCUUCUCAGACCGAGAGCUCUGAAGGCUGGUUCAGAGGCAGCUGACAUUUGGCCCUGUUUUCCUGGUUGUAGCCUCCACCCUCACCUCUCACUGCCUGCCUGUGCUCUCGGAUGAUCCGGAAGCUACCAGCCAUAAUGAGAUAAUAAUCCACCACAUAAAAGUGUUGUUGCAGAACUUCUGAGCUGUCACACCGCAUUCCCACCGGGGCUAGUAAAUACUCAAACAUUUCACAACUCCGUGAAGUGCAGUUGUUGUGUCAAGAGUGGGUUAGAAUAUUUGUUGGUAAUGUCUAUGGAAAUGACUGUGGUUCUAGUUCAGAGAAGUCAUUGCAGAGUUAGAAAGAGGCCCUGGAACUGCAGUAAGUAGAGUGAUGCAACAACAGCCAUCUAGUGUAGACUGACUGACUGAGGGAAGUAACAUCAGGAAGUAGGGCUUACUGACAGUUGAGAUGCUAUGAAUCUCAAGGAGUCAUGUUAUGACAGGGAUCCUAAUCCUUUCCAAUCUCUUCCUGUCUGUGGCUGUCUUUGUCUUUGUCUGUGUCUGUGCAGGUGCCGGUGAUUGCCAUAGUGGGUUCAGGGGGAGGCUUCAGGGCCAUGGUGGGCUUCUCUGGGGUGAUGAAGGCCCUGUAUGAGUCUGGGGUCCUGGACUGUGCCACCUACAUUGCUGGCCUCUCUGGAUCUACCUGGUCAGUCAACUAUUCAUCUGUUUAUACCAUGCUCUCCCUCCCUCCCACUCUUCUUUUCUCCUACAGUAUUUACCCAUCUACCUCUGCACCAACGUUUGCCCAGUUUUUGGAUGGAGGACUGUAUGUGCUCUCCCUGUGUGUUCUCCUGCCUCCUUUCCUCCCAUCUCUUUCCCUCUCCCUCCCUCGCUCCCUCCCUAUCUCCGUCCCUCCCACAGGUACAUGUCGACCCUGUUCUCCCACCCAGAGUUCCCCUCUAAGGGUCCUAAGGAGAUCAAUGUGGAGCUGAUGAAGAGAGUGAGCAGUAACCCUCUGAGACUGCUGCUGCCCCAGCACAUCACCAACUACAUUCAGGCUCUGUGGAGCAAGAAGGCCAACGGACAGCCCGUCACCUUCACUGACAUCUUCGGCAUGCUCAUCGGCGAGACACUCAUCCCUGCGGUGAGAGGAGAACCGCACACACCUGUUUUUGUUACGCCAUUAUUUCACCCAUCUCUCUCUUUUUCUCUCAAUUCAAUUUCAAUAUCAAUUGAAGGGCUUUAUUGGGAAACGUAUGUUAACAUUGACAAAGCAAGUGAAGUAGAUAGUUAAGAUAGAUUAACAAAGUGAAAUAAACAAGAAAUAUUAACAGUAAACAUUACACUCAGAAGUUAUAACAGAAUAAAGACAUUUAAAAUGUCAUAUUAUGUAUAAAUACAGUGUUGUAACAAUGUGCAAAUAGUUAAAGUACAAAUGAGAAAAUAAAUAAACAUAAAUAUGGGUUGUAUUUACAAUGGUGUUUGUUCUUCUGUGGCGGGUGAUUUGGACAGAGUCCAGGAGGGUAAAUCACAGAAUAAAUGGUUUAUUCGGUAAGACAGUGGUACGCAGCAAUGCAUAAAACACUCCAGUGCGGUAAAUAAUGCGCACUGGAGAAAACAAGGCACACAGGUGAAUAUCCCGGUGAUACAAAACACAAUAGCUCCACCGAGCUAUAAUCUCCUCUACAAUAAACAAUCACACACAAAGACAAGGGGGGCAGAGGGACCACUUAUACAGGUACUGAUGAGGGGAUGUGAACCAGGUGUGUGUAAUAAACAAGACAAAACAAAUGGAAUGAUGAGAUGACUAGCGGCAGUGAGGAGCGGCAGUGGCUAGAAGGCAGGUGACUACGAACGCCGAAGCCUGCCCAAACAAGGAGAGGAGGCAGCUUCGGAGGAAGUCGUGACAUCUUCACUGGUUGCCCUUUUCUUGUGGCAACAGGUCACAAAUCUUGCUGCUUUGAUGGCACACUGUGGUAUUUCACCCAGUAGAGAAGGGAGUUUAUCAAAAUUGGGUUUGUUUUGUAAUUUUUUGUGGAUCUCUGUAAUCUGAGGGAAAUAUGUGUCUCUAAUAUGGGGUGAUACAUUUGGCUGGAGGUUAGGAAGUUCAGCUCAGUUUCCACCUCAUUUUGUGGGCAGUGUGCACAUAGCCUGUCCUCUCUUGAGAGCCAGGUCUGCCUAUGGCGGCCUUUCUCAAUAGCAAGGCUGUCUGUACAUAGUCAAUUCUCUCUCUCUCUCUCAGGAUGAAACUAAACUGACUAUAACUCCCAUUGUUUCUCUGUUUUCAUCAGAGGAUGGACACAAAGCUGAGUGAGUUGCAGGAGAAGGUGAACGAGGCCCAGUGUCCUCUCCCUCUGUUCACUUGUCUGCACGUCAAACCAGACGUGUCCGAGCUCAUGUUCGCAGGUCAGUGACUGUGUAUGCGUUGUGGGUGUUCUGUGUGUGUGUUUGUUCACACGAUGGUUACGCAACAAUCACUGUGGUCAGUUUGAGUAAACCUGCGUAAGACCUGCCUUGAACUUACUGAUUUACAUUCAUAAUGGUGUGUUAACGUUUGUGUGUGGGAGUUGGUGUGUGUCUGUAUGUAUGUAUUACUGUAGAUCACAAGGUCAGUGUGGCUCUGAGGCUCUUCUCAGUUGUUCAAUGAAGCAUAGCAUUUCAAUAGGAGUUCAUUCACCACAGAAGGCUGGUGAGAGGAGGGCGGCUCAUAAAAAUGGCUGGGAUGGAGUGAAUGGAAUGGUAUCAGACUCAAACUCAUUGAUGUGUUUGAUACCAUUCCAUUCAUUCUGUUCUAGCAAUUACAAUGAGCCCGUCCUCCCCAAUUAACGUACCACCAGCCACCUGUGUCAUGCACGUAGUGUGAGUGUGUUCGCAGUACUGGUCAUGUAGUUGGAAUGGAUGAUCGAAGUUCUGAAGUGUGUGUGUGUGUGUGUGUUUGUUUGCAUCUCUAGUACAAUGAGUAUGUGUAUUCCUUCUGCAUUAUGAGUUACCAGAGAUGGUCAGAUAAUCUCUCCCACAUGCAAAUGUCCAUUCUCUACAUUUCUUUGGAGCAUCAUUCAUUUCACACACACUGAUGUGUCAUGGUGGGCUGAUAUUCAAAUGUUGCUUUGAGACAUUAGACAGCACUGAACAGUCAUCCAUGAAUGUACUGGCAUAUUGCCUGUGCUGGUUAAGUUUGUCCCCAUCAUUUUAAAACGAAUUCAUAGUGACACGAGUCUGAACAAUUUGCAGGUCUGAAACAGUCUCUGUUACUGAAGGUAAGGAGGAACUGGAGGUGAUGAAGAACAAAGGAUUAUGCAAAUGGUAUUCCAAAACAGCGAAUGUAGCUAACAAUAUAUUGACCCCAGGCAUUCCUGUAGUUUUAGUGCUGUAGUAUGAGAAGGAACAUCAACAAUGUGUAAGUGUUAGUGCUGGGAAUUGCGAUACGAUAUUAUCACGAUACUUAGGUGCCGAUACGAUAUGUAUUGCGAUUCUCGCUGAUUCUCACGAUUCUAUAUGUAUUGCGAUUCGAUACUGUGAUUUUUUUUGCGAUUCGAUGUUCCAAACCUAUUGCUCACCAUAUGUCUGCUGCAGAGGGAAAAGAGAGAGCCUUGAGAAAACAAGUUUUGAUCAGUCAUGGAAAUAAAAGUGCUGAAAACAAAUUGCCUACCUAUUUAAAAAGAAGAUGGAGAACAAGCUAUGAAUGAAACAAACUGGGGUUUUGGGGCAGGUACAGCCAACUAGCUCAAAAAUAAUAUUGAGAUAUUGUCAAAACAAUAGAUAUAUCGUCACAAAAUAGGUAGGUGUAGUAGUACAAUGUGGAAGUGCGAUGUUAUGUAGGUGUCAAUGUGGUUGUGGUACGCCCCUACUCCUGAUCUAGGAUCUUUCUCUAAUUUUAGCUUGAAUCAUAAUGACAUGAAAAACGGACCUCAAAACAGUCCUUAGGGACAACCUGUCCCCUGUUAGGGUGACUGAGUCCAUGACUGUAUGCUGAGUUAUUGGUACAGUGACCAACAUAUUAUUCAUAAUGUUCAUGCAAAUGAAUGUUGGUGUUCCAGUGUAUUUUACAGAUUAGCUGGAAUAGAAUAUUACAUCAGUUAGUCAGUUACUUAUUUUCACUGUAAGUCCUCCACCUUUUAUCUCUGGUGUGACAAGGUAAUGCUUUCACACCUAUCCCAGAGAAAGGCAAAAAUAACACCACAUAACUUACAGUACAGUAGUAAUAUUAUUCUCCUUAAUCCAGGACCAAUGAUUGGCUGAAAGGUGAUAGUGUACUGUCAUUCUGAGGAACUCUGUCAGACUUAUAAUGUGUGAACAGUGUGUUGUGUUGUGUUGUGCCUUACAAUUAUAUGUGUUGUGUCACUACAGUCAUGUAGGGCAUACCCCCCCCGUCACUUGGUUCCAGUAAUGGAGGUCAUAAUGACAGUUGCUUCUGGCUUGCACUGUUACUGUAAACCUGGUCUACAGUGUGCUCGCCUAAUAAAAUAGUUAGCUAGUUACAUACACUGAUUGAUUUUGUUCUAAUUGUACACUUUUUUUGACAGACUGGGUGGAGUUCAGCCCGUAUGAGAUUGGAAUGGCAAAGUACGGAACGUUCAUGACCCCUGACCUUUUUGGAAGCAAGUUCUUCAUGGGAACCGCUGUGAAGCAGUAUGAAGAGAACCCACUACAUUUCCUUAUGGGUAAGAAAACCCAGACUUAGACACACACACACACACACAAACAACAGAAUAUUGCUGGCACUUCCGCAUAGGACUUCCUGAAGAGAUAACCUCACAUGAUAAGCUAUCAUCAAACAUGGCAUUCAUAAGUCAUUACAUGAUAUUGAUGUUGAUCUAGUGGGUUUCUCUCUCUCCAGGGGUUUGGGGGAGUGCCUUCUCCAUCCUCUUCAACAGAGUGCUGGGGGUCAAAGACACAGUCGGGGGAAGCACCAUGGAGGAAGAGCUUGGUAAGAAACCACACACACUUUCCUUAUAGCCCCAAUCCUAACCCUGACCUCUGGUCUUAUCCCUGACCCAAAUGAAGUCAUGCAUCCUGUACAGAUAAAGUACCACAUCAUGGUCUCCUCCACAGUUAGUACAGCACAUAGACUUGUCUUGUGCAGCUCAUACAUUGCAGCUUAUAGACCUGAAGACAAUGACUGUGCUUAGCCCAAAGGCUUAGUUCCUAUGUGUUGUGUUAUCCCAUAGUCCCAAUCCAAUGUGUUGUGUCUGCUCUGCGCAACGCAAGCCAACUGCACCUCCCAUUGUAUUCUGUUUCCUAUUACGUACGGUACGUCUGACUCUUUUGUGUGAACGCAGAUGAAUGUGACAUGCUAGUGACAGCUGUACCUGAUGUCAGCUCACAUCACACCCGUCAAGCAGUUCCUAAAAUAACUUUCUACUGGGGUUUCACAGAUGUGGAUGUGAUUCCCCCUCGAUCAAAAUAAAGAUUAUGUUCAGCUUCCUGUCAUUAUUGAUAACUGCUUAUUAAGAUGUUUGUUUAAUGGGCUGUUGGUGUUUGAUUUGAACUUUUAGCACACCAACACACAUACCUACAAUAGAAUACAUACAGUACCUGCUUGCAGAUGCAGUGAGUGCACAUAAAAUGUGCACCCACUGCAUCUGCAAGAAGGUACACCUACACCCAUUCCAAGAAUUUACUGGUUUAUGUUAAAUGCCAAUUGUUAUAUUGUGUUUGUUAUGUAAGCCAUUGUUGCAAAUUAGUUUAUAAAAAGGUAGGGCCUAAACAAUUGAAAGUUAAUUGGACAGCCUAAGCAAUACAUGUCAUGCUGUGAUAACCUCUGUGUUUUUGAGAUGUAGUGAAGACUUGGAUAUGAGUGAAAGUGCCAUUAAAGAAGAUGUCCUUGUCUUUUCCCACAGAACAGUUAAAGCCUCAACACAUUGUGGGGGAGGACAGUCUAGAUAAUGAUGAGAGGCCUCAGAAAGGUGAGAACUGCAGUAUCCAUGAUGCAUAAUUAUUCAUACGAAAUACACAGAAACCUGAAGAAGUGUGUGGUCUGUUUUGACACAUUCAAACUGUUCAGGGGAAGUCACCGCCCUGAUGCUGCAUUGAUGGAGCAGUGACUGUCUGAUUAGGAACGGGCUGUCUUGCCAUAGUGAGCUAGGUUAUAGGCCUACGUCAUGGGCUGGAUAGAAGCAGUCUACCAUCUGCAGAACUGGAUAAUAUUUCCUUUAUUUGCCUCAUAAAAUAAUAGAAAACUAAAUAAUAUGUCAUGGCUUUAGAAGCUUCAGAUAGGCUAAUUGACAUCAUUUGAGUCAAUUGGAGGUGUACCUGUGGAUGUAUUUCAAGGCCUACCUUCAAACUCAGUGCCUCUUUACUUGACAUCAUAGGAAAAUCAAAAGAAAUCAGCCAAGACCUCAGAAAAAAUGGUAGACCUCCACAAGUCUGGUUCAUCCUUGGGAGCAAUUUCCAAAUGCCUGAAGGUACCACGUUUAUCUGCACAAACAAUAGUAUAAACACCAUGGGACCACGCAGCCGUCUUACCACUCAGGAAGGAGACGCGUUUUGUAUCCUAGAGAUGAACGUACUUUGGUGCGAAAAGUGCAAAUCAAUCCCAGAACAACAGCAAAGGACCUUGUGAAGAUGCUGGAGGAAACAGGUACAAACGUAUCUAUAUCCACAGUAAAACGAGUCCUAUAUCGACAUACCCUGAAAGGCCACUCAGCAAGGAAGAAGCAACUGCUCCAAAACCGCCAUAAAAAAGCCAGACUACGGUUUGCAACUGCACAUGGGGACAAAGAUCGUACUUUUUGGAGAAAUGUCCUCUGGUCUUAUGAAACAAAAAUGGAACAGUUUGCCCAUAAUGACCAUCGUUAUGUUUGGAGGAAUAAGGGGGUAGCUUGCAAGCCGAAGAACACCAUCCCAACCAUGAAGCACGGGGGUGGCAGCAUCAUGCUGUGGGGGUGCUUUGCUGCAGGAGUGACUGGUGCACUUCACAAAAUAGAUGGCAUCAUGAGGAAGGAAAAUUAUGUGGAUAUAUUGAAGCAAAAUCUCAAGACAUCAGUCAGGAAGUUAAAGCUUGGUUGCAAAUGGGUCUUCCAAAUGGACAAUGACCCCAAGCAUACUUCCAAAGUUGUGGCAAAAUGGCUUAAGGACAACAAAGUCAAGGUAUUGGAGCGGCCAUCACAAAGCCCUGACCUCAAUCCAAUAGAAUAUUUGUGGGCAGAACUGAAAAAGUGUGUGCGAGCAAGGAGGCCUACAAACCUGACUCAGUUACACCAGCUCUGUCAGGAGGAAUGUGCCAACAUUUACCCAACUUAUUGUGGGAAGCUUGUGGAAGGCUACCCGAAACGUUUGACCGAAGUUAAACAAUUUAAAGGCAAUGCUACCAAAUACUAAUUGAGUGUAUGUAAACUUCUGACCCACUGGGAAUGUGAUGAAAUAAAUAAAAGCUGAAAUAAAUCAUUCUCUCUACUAUUAUUCUGACAUUUAACAUUCUUAAAAUAAAGUGGUGAUCCUAACUGACCUAAGACAGGGAAUUAAAUGUCAGGAAUUGUGAAAAACUGAGAUUAAAUGUAUUUGGCUAAGGUGUAUGUAAACUUCCGACUUCAACUGUAUCUCUCAUAAAGCUGUGAUUGAGAAUAGAAUAUGCUUAGGCUUAGGCUAUAGACUUUCAGUGUUGUUAUUUUUGAAAGCCACAACAAUUUCAGGCUAGAAUACCUUACAUUUUUAGGCUAUUCAAAAAACUUUGAGAUGGAACUCCGUUACAUUCAUUGUUUGAUCGGGAAAAAGCCAUGCAUAAAAUGAUGAAGCGUAGCCUUCAGUCAUAUUCAUAGCCUAUCGAAUGGAGAGAGAAGGGUAUAUAGGCUAAAUGUUUUUAAACGGUUAGACACAAGAUAGUUAAGGAGUGUCCGUUAUAAAACAAAAUUAGGUUUAGGCUAUUGCCUAAUGCCCAUGCAUCCAACAGAGAGAGAGAGAGAGAAACAAUAGGCUAUUUUCUGACUGGACAUUUUGCUUUGCUUUGGUGGAAUUCUCUUCUCCUACAUUCCUCUCUUGCGUUCUGCUAAAAAUAAAUAAAGGGAACACUUAAACAACACAAUGUAACUCCAAGUCAAUCACACUUCUGUGAAAUCAAACUGUCCACUUAGGAAGCCACACUGAUUGACAAUAAAUGUCACAUGCUGUUGUGCAAAUGGAAUAGACAACAGGUGGAAAUUAUAGGCAAUUAGCAAGACACCCCCAAUAAAGGAGUGGUUCUGCAGGUGGUGACCACAGACCACUUCUCAGUUCCUAUGCUUCCUGGCUGAUGUUUUGGUCACUUUUGAAUGCUGGCGGUGCUUUCACUCUAGUGGUAGCAUGAGACGGAGUCUACAUUUACAUUUUAGUCAUUUAGCAGACGCUCUUAUCCAGAGCGACUUACAGUUAGUGAGUGCAUACAUUUUCAUUUUCAUACUGGCCCCCCGUGGGAAAGGAACCCACAACCCUGGCGUUGCAAGUGCCAUGCUCUACCAACUGAGCUACAGUGGUCUACAACCCACACAAGUGGCUCAGGUAGUGCAGCUCAUCCAGGAUGGCACCUCAAUGCGAGCUGUGGCAAGGUUUGCUGUGUCUGUCAGCGUAGUGUCCAGAGCAUGGAGGCGCUACCAGGAGACAGGCCAGUACAUCAGGAGACGUGGAGGAGGCCGUAGGAGGGCAACAACCCAGCAGCAGGACCGCUACCUCCGCCUUUGUGCAAGGAGGAGCAGGUGGAGCACUGCCAGAGCCCUGCAAAAUGACCUCCAGCAGGCCACAAAUGUGCAUGUGUCUGCUCAAACGGUCAGAAACAGACUCCAUGAGGGUGGUAUGAGGGCCCGAUGUCCACAGGUGGGGGUUGUGCUUACAGCCCAACACCAUGCAGGACGUUUGGCAUUUGCCAGAGAACACCAAGAUUGGCAAAUUCGCCACUGGCUCCCUGUGCUCUUCACAGAUGAAAGCAGGUUCACACUGAGCACAUGUGACAGACAUGACAGAGUCUGGAGACGCCGUGGAGAACGUUCUGCUGCCUGCAACAUCCUCCAGCAUGACCGGUUUGGCGGUGGGUCAGUCAUGGUGUGGGGUGGCAUUUCUUUGGGGGGCCGCACAGCCCUCCAUGUGCUCGCCAGAGGUAGCCUGACUGCCAUUAGGUACCGAGAUGAGAUCCUCAUACCCCUUGUGAGACCAUAUGCUGGUGCGGUUGGCCCUGGGUUCUUCCUAAUGCAAGACAAUGCUAGACCUCAUGUGGCUGGAGUGUGUCAGCAGUUCCUGCAAGAGGAAGGCAUUGAUGCUAUGGACUGGCCCGCCCGUUCCCCAGACCUGAAUCCAAUUGAGCACAUCUGGGACAUCAUGUCUCACUCCAUCCACCAACGCCACGUUGCACCACAGACUGUCCAGGAGUUGGCGGAUGCUUUAGUCCAGGUCUGGGAGGAGAUCCCUCAGGAGACCAUCCGCCACCUCAUCAGGAGCAUGCCCAGGCGUUGUACGGAGGUCAUAUAGGCACGUGGAGGCCACACACACUACUGAGCCUCAUUUUGACUUGUUUUAAGGACAGUACAUCAAAGUUGGAUCAGCCUGUAGUGUGGUUUUCCACUUUAAUUUUGAGGGUGACUCCAAAUCCAGACCUCCAUGGGUUGAUAAAUUUGAUUUCCACUGAUAAUUUUUGUGUGAUUUUGUUGUCAACACAUUCAACUAUGUAAAGAAAAAAGUAUUUAAUAAGAUUAUUUCAUUCAUUCAGAUCUAGGAUGUGUUGUUUAAGUGUUCCCUUAAUUUUUUUGAGCAGUGUAGUUGGCUAUAUAGUUAAAAUAGGCUAAACCAUUGUCUGUCACAUCACAAUGUCGUCACCAUCAACGAUGGCUGUCAAUCAUUGUUGGUAGACGAUGCUAUGGUAAUAUCGCCCAAACCUAGUCAGGCAAAUAGGGGAGAACUGGGACGAAAGUAACACUUUUAGUUUUUUUCCUAAUCACUCAAAGAUCGAUAGAGCUAGACCAUCUUCCAUGACAAACAACUUAUAUACACUGAGUGUACAAAACAUUAAGGACACCUUCCUAAUAUCGAGUUGCACAAGGUGUCAAAAGCGUUCCAAAGGGAUGCUGGCCCAAUUCUUCCCACAGUGUUUUUGGCUGGAUGUCCUUUGGGUGGUGGACCAUUCUUGACACAAGAAACUGUUGAGCAUGAAAAACCCAGCAGCAUUGCAGUUCUUGACACAAACCGGUGUGCCUGGCACCUACUACCCUACUCCAUUCAAAGGUACUUAAAUAUUUUGUCUUGCCCAUUCACCCUCUCAAUGGCACACAUACACAAUCCAUGUCUCAAGGCUUAAAAAUCCUUAUUUAACCUGUCUCCUCCCCUUCAUCUACACUGAUUGAAGUGGAUUUAACAAGUGACAUAAAUAAGGGAUCAUAGCUUUCACCUGGAUUCACUUGGUCAGUCUAUGUCAUGGAAAGAGCAGGUGUCCUUAAUGUUUUGUACACUCAGUGUAUGUCCUCUACCAUUAGCAACUGUAAUUACAACCGAAAAACACUUUUUUUAACUUACAUUGCUCAAAACCACUUUUUGUUGAUAACUCUGUGAAACAGAGGGAGCUCAUCCUCCGCAUGCUGACUCCACUACAUAAUUCUAGCUUCUGUCUUAUCUGAGAAAAUGGGCGUCUUACUUUCGUCCUGGCUCUCCCCUACCAAGGGGACGGGUGCACAACUCCAGUAUGCCAGAUUCUAUCCUUGCCUUGUAGUAUCAGACAAUAUACCUACUAUACAGUAUAUCAUAUUUUUAUACCUGGGUGUGUAGACUGAACGAUUUAUCAAUUAAACUGUAGCCCUCGAGGAGCUGUGCACUUCAGAUCAAGGCCUAUCAAGCAUCUCUAGCUACCAAAUGCAUACUGUAAGCCUACUGUACAUCCCAUGUGCCUCCCUUUAUCAACAUUGUCCCCUUCUCUCUCCCUUGCCACCUUUCUUUUCCUCCAUCUCUGCCCAGAGACGGAAGACGAGUUCCGCACCGCCAAGAACAGUUGGGUCCAGCGAAUGAUCACCUCCCUCGUCAGCGACUCCUCCCUGUUCAACACGCGAGAGGGGCGGGCGGGGAAGGUCCAUAACUUCAUGCUAGGCCUCAACCUCAACACCAACAUGCCCUUCUCCACCUUUGGAGACUUUAUGUACCAGAACUCCUGUGCCUCCGUCGAGGAUGAGGUUGACGCUGUCACAGGUCAGAUGUCACAUAUGGAUAUCUAGGAGUUCUAGAUGUGACACAUUCUAGAUUCCAGAUAUGACAGAUCUAUGACCUGUUAGAUUCUAGAUAAAGCAAAUCAAAUCAAAGUUUAUUUGUCAUGUGCACAGUACAGUGAAAUGCUUACUUGCUAACUCUCCUCAACAAUGCAGUACAUUAUCAAUAUCCAUCAAGAAUCAAAUGCCAAAUACAAAAGUAAAAAAAGAACAAGUAGUAGUGAAAAGUCAGAUCCUCUGUGAUGUGCACACCGAGGAACUUGAAGCUUUUGACCCUCUCCACUGCAGCAAAUUCUAGAUCCAGCAGAGUAGGGAUUAUCAACCAAUUUUUUCUUCAGCGGAUAGUCGGGGGGACUGGAACAUAAUUACAAAUAAUUUGUAGACUGCAAAUUGACCGCAAGAAUCCCAAACAGAUAUAAUAUUUGACUGACACAUAAUAAUUUCAUUUGUAUACGAUCACAUCUCUGUAUUAUUAACAUUUUUACAUUUUAGUAAUUUAGCAGAUGCUCUUAUCCAGAGCGACUCACAGGAGCAAUUAGGGCGUGGGAAAAAAAUCUUGGGAACAGAUUUCCUAAAUUAAAAUCACUUGGCGCUGAUUUCCUGGUGUUUUUAGAGUCUUUUGUGUCCAACAAUAAAAUACAAAAAUAAAAUAAAAACUUGUGGGGCCAAAUAAAACCACCCACGGGCCACCAGUUGGGGAACCCUGCAGUAGAGCUUGGCAAUAGAGCUCUUGUUGGAGCUGUGUACUAUUCAAUUAACUUACGGUGGAGUUAUGGUAGUGAUAGAGUUAAGUUUGACUGUGUAGUAAAACAGUACAAUUACAGUACAGUUACAGCACAAUAGCUUUACUAAUUGCCAGACUGUGUACUUUUUCACUCGGGCCCCCCUUCCAGUAUUGGGGAGCAUUGCGCCCACGUGCACGCGCCACAUCAAUCUCUAUGGGCACAAGCACUGUUCACACACCUGUUGGCUCUUGGUCACUGUAGCCUAUCCUUUUCCUUUAACUUUUAAUUCCGUCAUUAUAAUUCCAUCUUCCAUUGAUUAGACUUUUGCCACACACUGAGGCUCUAUGACUGUAGCCUAUUGCCCCAUUGAUGACUUAUGAUUGGCUAACAACAACAACAAGCUCAACACGCCACGUCCACUCUCGUGAAAAGCAAGAGCAACUGCAGCAGUCGCGUUGGGAUCUGUACACGGACCCGACCAGACAAGUCGGUUAAAAUUACACAUACCCGAGACCCAUGACAAUCAUAUCAGAUCCCACCCAGACCUGUGACAUUAUUUAGAAUUCUGGAUCCAGACCCUCUCGGGUAUUCGGGUACAUGUGGAUCCAUGAAGACCUCUACUGUGUACAUAUGGAAACAGUUACAACAUGACCAUCACACACACAACCAAUCAACACACACAUACGUCUCCUUACGCAUUUCUACUGUAACACGUUCUGUAUUUAUUCUGCAUUGUAAUCCAUAACAUUCUCAGACCCAGAUGAGUUUGCUGGUAUCUACGAGCCACUGGACGUGAAGAGUAAGAAGAUCCACAUAGUGGACAGUGGUCUGACCUAUAACCUCCCGUACCCCCUCAUCCUGCGGCCGCAGCGUGGCGUCGACCUCAUCAUCUCCUUCGACUUCUCAGCCCGCCCCAGUGACUCCAGCCCACCCUUCAAGGUCAGUAGGUUGACCACAUGUCCCGGAUUGUGCAGGACAGUGCCGCAUUUUGGCCCUUUGUCCUGCGUCCCGCAACCAAACAAUCAUGUCCCACAUUUUAGCAACAAAUUCAAACAUCACUAAUUUAGAAAAAAUAAGUUGUUUUGUCACGUAUUUCAGUCAGACAUUCCAACCUGUCUCUUCCAGUCACGUUGUGCUUAUGAAAAAAUAUACAUCAUAAGGAUGUGGUACUGGUGAUGUUAAACACUUCUCCAAUCGUUGUUGAGAUCUGAUGUUCUGCGCAGCGCAAGACAAGACAUAGGCCGAUGUCAUAUGCCUAUUGUCAAUCAAUCACAUUUCUCGAAUCCUUUCAGGUUAAAUUCCAGCUAAACUUGGAGAGGACAGUUUGGCCUAACCACUUAUAAAAAGCGUACUCCUGUCGAAAAACUACAAAUUAAGUAAAUAGACAUAUUAGACUGAAAGAUAUAAGGUAAUUUUGUCGAACUUGUGAGGCUCUCCAUGCUCAUCAGCCACCAAUUGUGCAAGUUCUCCCACUUAAAAAGAUGAGAGGCCUGUAAUUUUCAUCAUAGGUAUACGUCAACUAUGACAGACAAAUUGAGAAUUUUUUUCUCCAGAAAAUCACAUUGUAGGAUAUUUUAUGAAUUUAUUUGCAAAUUAUGGUGGAAAAUAAGUAUUUGGUCACCUACAAACAAGCAAGAUUUCUGGCUCUCACAGACCUAACUUCUUCUUUAAGAGGCUCCUCUGUCCUCCACUCGUUACCUGUAUUAAUGGCACCUGUUUGAACUUGUUAUCAGUAUAAAAGACACCUGUCCACAACCUCAAACAGUCACACUCCAAACUCCACUAUGGCCAAGACCAAAGAGCUGUCAAAGGACACCAGAAACAAAAUUGUAGACCUGCACCAGGCUGGGAAGACUGAAUCUGCAAUAGGUAAGCAGCUUGGUUUGAAGAAAUCAACUGUGGGAGCAAUUAUUAGGAAAUGGAAGACAUACAAGACCACUGAUAAUCUCCCUCGAUCUGGGGCUCCACGCAAGAUCUCAAAAUGAUCACAAGAACGGUGAGCAAAAAUCCCAGAACCACACGGGGGGGACCUAGUGAAUGACCUGCAGAGAGCUGGGACCAAAGUAACAAAGCCUACCAUCAGUAACACACUACGCCGCCAGGGACUCAAAUCCUGCAAUGCCAGACGUGUCCCCCUGCUUAAGCCAGUACAUGUCCAGGCCCUUCUGAAGUUUGCUAGAGUGCAUUUGGAUGAUCCAGAAGAGGAUUGGGAGAAUGUCAUAUUCUCUCAGAUUAAACCAAAAUAGAACUUUUUGGUAAAAACUCAACUCGUCGUGUUUGGAAGACAAAGAAUGCUGAGUUGCAUUCAAAGAACACCAUACCUACUGUGAAGCAUGGGGGUGGAAACAUCAUGCUUUGGGGCUGUUUUUCUGCAAAGGGACCAGGACGACUGAUCUGUGUAAAGGAAAGAAUGAAUGGGGCCAUGUAUCGUGAGAUUUUGAGUGAAAACCUCCUUCCAUCAGCAAGGGCAUUGAAGAUGAAACGUGGCUGGGUCUUUCAGCAUGACAAUGAUCCCAAACACACCGCCCGGGCAACGAAGGAGUGGCUUCGUAAGAAGCAUUUCAAGGUCCUGGAGUGGCCUAGCCAGUCUCCAGAUCUCAACCCCAUAGAAAAUCUUUGGAGGGAGUUGAAAGUCCGUGUUGCCCAGCGACAGCCCCAAAACAUCACUGCUCUAGAGGAGAUCUGCAUGGAGGAAUGGGCCAAAAUACCAGCAACAGUGUGUGAAAACCUUGUGAAGACUUACAGAAAACGUUUGACCUGUGUCAUUGCCAACAAAGGGUAUAUAACAAAGUAUUGAGAAACUUUUGUUAUUGACCAAAUACUUAUUUUCCACCAUAAUCUGCAAAUAAAUUCAUUAAAAAUCCUACAAUGUGAUUUUCUGGAUUUUUUUUCCUCAUUUUGUCUGUCAUAGUUGACGUGUACCUAUGAUGAAAAUUACAGGCCUCUCUCAUCUUUUUAAGUGGGAGAACUUGCACAAUUGGUGGCUGACUAAAUACUUUUUUUCCCCACUGUAUUUGCUGCUACUUCUCUCAACCAUGUUUUAAAAGUCUCCCUUCCUAACAGUUUUACAUUGCCUUUGUGCACUCAGUGCAGCGGGAGCAGGUGUGGCCGGAGCAUCGCGCCGCCACUUAUCACAAUGGUUCUCGUUUAGUGAAGUUAGAUCAAACCUCAAUCAAUGUCUUGGAACAUCACAUAAUGAUUAAUUAGUACCUCACAUAACAGAACCAAAUAUAAUCACAUAGUAUAACAUUACUGUUACACCAAAAACACCACCUGAUUUCUUAUGAGAUUUUAGGAUGGUUAGCUGAAUAGUCAAAAAAUACUAAAAUGCGGCCAAAACUCAACAGCACGCAGAAUGAUACAGGAUAUAGUUUGUUAACACCAUGUGCUCUAAUUCGCUCACGAAACAGUAAUUCAAGAAGAUCUAAAUGCAUAUUCUCAUGAAACUGAUUGACAUCAAAUUAUUGGCUUGCAGAUGCAGUUUGGACGUUUCACUGUAAAACGCGAAGUAUUAUUAUUCAUGAUUAGCCUCCCGAGUGGCGCAGUGGUCUAAGGCACUGCAUCGCAGCGCUAGCUGUGCCACUAGAGAUCCUGGUUCGAAUCCAGGCUCUGCUGUAGCCGGCCGCAACCGGGAGACCAAUGGGGCGGCGCACAAUUGGCCCAGCGUCGUCCAGGGUAGGGGAGGGAAUGGCCGGCAGGGAGGUAGCUCAGUUGGUAGAGCAUGGCGUUUGCAACGCCAGGGUUGUGGGUUCGAUUCCCACGGGGGGCCAGUAUAAUAAAAAAUUAAAAAAUAAAAAGAUUAAUGUAUGCACUAACUGUAAGUCGCUCUGGAUAAGAGCGUCUGCUAAAUGACGUAAAUGUAAAUGAUUGACAGUGAUGAUGGCCUAUUUUGAAAUUAGGUAUGCCUAACUUGGUGUUUGAGGGUAUUACAAAUAAAAACAUUUCUUGAGACAAUAUAUGUUGUCAUAGGCAGCACAUUGCAAUUGGAGGAUGCAUUUUAAUAUAUUAGGUAUUUUAAAUGUGGUCACCCUGAAGGUCAGGUCAUUGUGAUGCCAAGCUCCGCCUGCCAGUACUUUGUUUUAAAAUGUUUGUGUUUAUUUCAUUUUAUCAUUGAAGAUUAUUUUGUAAGCAAUUUUUUAAAAAAUGAUUAAGUAGUUAGGAUAAAGUUAAUCAUUUUACUAUGCCGUAGUAAUCAAGAGGCUAACUUUUGACUUGUGUUUGGUAUAUAGGAGCUGCUGCUGGCUGAGAAGUGGGCCCGGAUGAACAAGUUGCCAUUCCCUAAGAUCGACCCCAAAGUGUUUGACCGCGAGGGCCUGAAAGAGUGCUACGUAUUCAAGCCAAAAAAGGGGGAACGGAACUGCCCCACUGUCAUCCAUUUUGUCCUGGUCAACAUCAACUUCAGGAUGUUCAAAGCCCCUGGUAAGUACUGUAUAUGUACAGUGUAUACCAUAUGUAUGUUUGUACAGGUUGUUUGUGUACAUGUGAACUAUGUGAACCCUGUUUGAAAGUGAUUUCCUCUUCAAUUAGGCUAUGGGGCUUUUCGCUAUAAGCUAUGUUAUUUUAGUGACUGGUCUCCCCUAUCUUGGUUUUGGUUCCUAGAUCAAGUCCAGUGUAUUCUGAUCAAGUCUGGUCUGUUCCGAUGUAUUCCAUACAUAAGAUUAGGCCCCUUACUGACUGUUUGUCCAUAGGGAAUAUGCCCCUAAGGAAGUUGAGGGUUUAUGGUGGAGAACUGGGCCGUGUGUGGGAUUGGUAUUUUACGAGCUGCCUAGUUGGGUGACUUAUGAACCCAUAAGGAGCAAAUCUGUGACCAGGUGCUAUGGGGGGAAUCUCUCACUAUGCUGGGAGAGCAGUGUGUGUAAAAAGGGUAUACAUCAUCAGCCAUAGGAACACAUAUAGACACUGGCCUGGCUUCUGCGCUGCCUCACACACUGAAUUAUAGUGUUUAGGGCCUCAUGAUGAGGGCCACUCACAUUUAGUCAUACGCUGAUGUAUUUAUCUCUGUGUAGGAGAGAGAAAGAGAGUAGGUUAUAUCACUGGUCUGGUAAUCCCCUGUAGAGUCAAUGACAAGUGUGCCCUCAUUUAGGGAUUAUAAAUUAGUAGAAUUAGCAAACACAUGAGAAGACGUGUAAAAAGAACCCAACCUCGUAAGGCAGACGGAAAGAAUUGCCGUACCUGCAGGCAACAAUUUACAGAGUGUGUGGCUGUUUUGUGUAGUUCACGUCCUGUUAGCCGUCAGUCAAACUGCGCAACAGUGAAACCGAAACUAACCUCAAGGGUUAACUUUAGGCAUUCAUUCUGUUAGUUCACAGUUUUGGUUGAGUUUAGGCAUUCAUUCCAAGGUUAGAGUAAAGGUUUGGGUUAGGGUAAAAAAAUAAAAUGAAAAAAAAACGAGUGCCUAGCACUGCGAUUGAACCCGCGAUGUUCGGAGCCAUAGCUCAGUUUAACAGAUACUGUUACAGCUACUAGAUAACAGUUACUAGAUGUUAACAGGCACUCGUAUUGCCCCUAGUGGAGGAGAAAUGGCCAUGUAAAUAAAAUGACUAGCCAUCACGUAACUUCGCCAUUGUUAAAAUGAAUUGACAGUGCGUAAUCCACUGGAGUUUGGGCUGAAACAACCAUAGUUCUGAAUUAGCCAUAUGAUAUAGGCUAUCAUAGUCACUAUCAUCCUGAAUUACAUAUCAUCCCUUUUCUGUGUGUUUGAAGGAGUGCCUCGUGAGACAGAACAGGAGAAGGAGAUGGCUGACUUUGACAUCUUUGACGACCCCGAGACACCGUACUCCACUUUUAACUUCCAGUACUCAAACCAGGCCUUCACACAGCUCCACGACCUCAUGGAAUUCAAUACGCUCAACAACAUCGAGGUAUGUUCAGCAUUCAACAACAUCACCACUGGCUACUGUACAUCCGUUUCUAAUAUGUUAGAAGGUCAGACAGUUUUUGGAACAUUUGAACCAAUAAGUGCUCUUAAAAGGAAAUAUGUUGAUUUUGAAUAUUCAGACAUCAAGCUCAGUUUGAAUGCUGGAGCCAUACUAGUUUUGUCUGGGUUGGUGUGUUAUGGUGAGGUGUUUUUAAAAAUCAAGGUCAAAUUGACAUUCAGUUAUUAAGCACUGUGUGAGGCUGUCUAAAAAGUGGGUCAGAACUAAAAUGCCCGUGACUAAAGGGGUUUCCCAAUAUGACAUUAGUACUGUAUGUGGUAGAUGGGAAUGUGCAUCCUGACUCCUGUUCAAACCACCCUCAACGAAGAGGUCUGUUCAGUUAGCCAGAACUAAUGUAUGUAAAACAAUAUUCCAACAACGUAAAUGUCAGUUCAGCCAGCCAGAUGUAAUGUACGUAAAACAUUCCAGCAACAUCAAAGUUUGCUCAAUUAUCCAUCACUAACUAGGGGCCCCUGGAAAUCAAACACCUGUGUGUAGGCCUAUGCUGAUUAGUUUUUUUUUUAUCUAAAAAAAAAUCACAUUUCAAUUCAUUAUGAUUGCUUGUUAACGGUCAAUUGACUAGCCACAUGUGUAGGUUAAUACAGAGUGUUUAAUCCAUUCCACCUCCUCCAUCCACCUUUCUAGGUGAUAAAAGAGGCCAUUAAGGAGAGCAUCGUGUACAGGAAGGAGAAUCCCUCACGCUGCGCUGUGUCCCUCUCACUCAACGAGAUCCAGAACAAAAUGUUCCUGAAGCGGGAGAAAGCCCGG